AUGACAAUGGUAAUGUCAGCUGAAUUUAUUUUUGCUAGCCUUAUUCAUUUAGGAUACAAUGGAUAUCUUAUAACUAUUAAAUUUUUUGAUUCAAAAGUACAUCUAAAUACUUGUUCUAAACUUAAUAUUCUUGAUCUUAAUGUAAAUCAGUUAUUAAUUGUUACACCAUUUUAUUUUAAUGUAUUUCGAUUUUACAAAAUUUUAUUUAACAAAUAUCCAAAUGUUAUUAUUUUUUUGGGAGUAAUUUUUAUAACAUUAGGUCCUCUUUUUUAUAUGAUGAUUGGACAAUUUUUUGAAAUAAAUGCAUUUUAUCUACCUAAAAUUGGAUGUGGUUAUCAAAUUUUUAGUAAUAUACCAUACUAUCAAAAUGUCAUGUAUUUCAAUGUAUUACUUGUUUUAUUCUUACCAUUUAUUUCAUUUAUUUUAAAUUAUAUAAUAUAUAAAAUUGCUAUUAAUAGAACGUCAAAAUCAAAUAAAGCAAGAAUAACACAAUACAAUUCUUUAUUUAAAGGAAUAGCAAUACAAAGUAUUUUUCCAUUUUUUUGCCAAGUUCCAGCUAUACUAUAUACAAUAUAUUUUACCAUAUCAAGAAAUAAUUUAGAUACUGUUGAAAUAAUAAUAAGUUUUAUUUAUUUUCCUGGACAAGAAUAUGAUGCUAAUAGAUUUUAA